AGUAGUAAUAGUAGUUGUAGGUACUGUCAGUGUCAGCUGAUAUAGAGCUGUGCUGUGCGAUAUACACACACGGGGACGCGUGGGUGUUUGUUUUUUCCCGAGGUCGUCACAAUUUUUCACUCGGUUCUCUCGCUCGCUCGCACUCGUUGCUGCUGCUGCUGCUGCUGCUCUAUCUGCUGUCUGUCUCUGUGCGUCCGCGUGUGCAUAUGUGUGCGCGAGUACAGGCACAGUAGUGUGUUGUAUGCUGCACGAACUAGGUGUAUAAUAUAUCGGCCAAGUGGUGGACACAGUCGUUCGACGACGUUUGUGGUCUGAGAAUUCAUGAGGAAAUUUUAUUCGUUUGAUUCAAUAUGAAUUAUGAGGCGAAUAGAAUUGCGACUUUCCAACACUGGCCCGUGAACGCUGUAGUGCACAUUGACCAGCUAGCCAAAGCUGGAUUCUACUACACAGGCAGAGCGCAAGAAGUUCAGUGCUUUUUGUGCGGCAUCAGAAUAUCAGUGUGGAAUUACACUGAUCAAGCCAUGGCGAUACACAGAGCAUCUAACCCAGAAUGUCCAAUUGUUUUGGAUCCUAACACAAAUCUCAAUGUCCCAUUGAGUUCUGCCACAAAUGAUAUACGUCCAAGCUCCAGAAACAGUAAUCAUAGAGAAAAUUCUGAAUGGGACUCAAUGGCUGCACAAAGAACUAAUCUUUUAAGGUACAAUGUAAGAUUAAACACGUUUGAAAAUUGGCCAUACAGUGACAAAAUUGCUCCAGAAAGAUUAGCUAGAUCUGGAUUUUUCUAUACGCAAGAAGGAGAUAUGGUCGAAUGUGCAUAUUGUCGAGGAGUAAUUUUAAAAUGGGAACCUGGAGAUGAUCCUGACACGGAACACAUAAAGAAUUUUCCACAUUGCGAUUUUCAGCUUAGACGAGAAGAAAAUUUAGAUCUGUCGUGCAACAUUCAAUUUAUGCCUGGUACAACUUCAAGCUUUGCAGAAUUAGGUGUUCAAUAUCAUACUGCACCUAAGCAACCUAAACAUGCAACAUAUGAAGGCAGACUGAAUACUUUCACAGGAUGGCCCACUCAUAAAAGGCAAAAACCGGAUAUGUUGGCUGAUGCUGGUUUUUACUAUGUUGGUCAACAGGAUCAAGUCAGAUGUUUCCAUUGCGAUGGUGGUCUAAGAAAUUGGGAAGAAACUGACGAUCCAUGGAUUGAGCACGCCAAGUGGUUUCCUAAGUGUGGGUAUGUUGGAUUAAUCAAAGGCCAAGAUUUUAUAAAGCAAUCAUUAGAAAACAGACCACCUGUUGACCAGGUGAUGAAUAAUACUGGUGAAGCUGCAGAAUCCCAAAUGAAUCCAGUUUUACCUGUCGACGCAUCUUUACAACUUCCCAGACAAGUAACAGAUGCAGAGUUGGAUAGGUUGCUUGGCACACCACCAGCACUUACUGCCCUAGAACUUGGCUUACACGUAGGCCGAGUCAAAAUGGCAUUGAAACGGCGAAUCGAACGAGUCGGCGCCCCUUAUGAAAAUGCUGAUCAACUCAUUGAAGAUGCUACGCAAAUUCAGCUGAUGGAAGAAAAUAGCUCGUCUAACGUAGCAGGCGCGGCGGCAGCGGCCCCUGAAUCGCCAUCCGCAGAACUUACCCAAUUAUUAAACCAAAUAAUUACAACUGCCGAAACAACAAAUAGUAUGAGCGAAGAAUCUGCCAGAAUGAUAGAGAGUGAACAAUUCCAGACGCCAUCUCCGGACCGAAGAAAAGAAACUCUUCAAACUGUAGAAGUGGAAACUCAAGUCGAAGAAGCUGAUACUAAGACUGAAAAAAUUGCCUGCCUAGAAGAAGAAAAUAGAAAGCUAAGGGAAGCUCGUUUGUGCAAAAUUUGUAUGGAUCGUGAAGUGGCUGUAGUUUUUCUGCCUUGUGGUCAUCUGUCAACGUGUGAAUUUUGUGCACCAUCUUUGACACAAUGUCCAAUGUGUCGACAAGAAAUUCGUGCAACAGUUCGCACAUUUUUAGUUUAAAAAUCAGUUCAAAAAACUCGUUAAAGUGCAGUUUAUAUACGAUACAAAACGUAGUUGAUCUAUUUCGUAAUAUUUAUUUUAACUGAAUGUCAAUACGACUUAGACAUAAAACAUAUAAGCCUAAAUGCGUAUUAUGGAACAAUCAAGCGAGGAAACAACAAUUACAUGCAUAGUGAUUGCCCUAUUUUUUCAUUAUUUAAACAUUUUUAGAUAUUUUUUAAGAAAUCGUAAGUCAUUUUUUUACAAAUUCAAUUU